AUGGCCGCGUAUCCCUCAGACGACGAGUAUGCCCAUCUGCAGAAGCUGUCGAGCGAAUACGAGCCCGAGGCUACUGGCCCACUCGUUGGAGAACGCCAAAGCAGCGCUGCCAUCACGACUGAGUAUGCCGCCGCAGAUCCCGUCUUCCAAGUCAAGACGGCUGCGCUGCCAGCCAAAUAUGCCUACUUUCGCACCUGUCGUGGCGAUGGCCACUGUGGAUGGCGGGCAAUCGCCUUCACUUAUUUUGAAGCCUUGCUACGUGCGGGCAACGUGAACAAGUUGGAUCAUGAAAAAGGCCGCCUCGAUUCGCUGGGCAACAUGCUCGCGAACAUCGGUUAUUCGCGCGACAUCUGGAUUGACUUUGCCGAAGAGGCAUUCGAGCUUCUUGACAAGCUUGCCAACUCGCUGCGCAACAUGGACGGCCAGGCCGAAACCAUUCUACUCCGUACUUUUAACGACAUGAACGAAUCCAUGGCAAUCAUCACCUACGUCAAGCUCCUAGCCAGUGCCUGGGUGCAGACGCACGCAGAAGAUUUCAUGCAUUUUGUGGACAACGGCGACGUCAAAGCAUACUGCUCCAACUACAUUGAACCCACUCAAUGUGAAGCCGACAACGUUGGCAUUGCUGCCCUUGCUGAAGCGCUAAUCAAGCCUGCUGGACUCGGUCUUGAAGUAUGGUACUUGGACCGCUCACCAGGCGAAGAGAUCAACCGUAGCUUCUAUGCAGAGCCAACAGACGCGCACCAUCGUCCUAUCGCUGGUGCCCCUAUGCUGAGGCUGCUUUACAGGCCUGGCCACUACGACAUCCUGUACAAGGCUGGAGACGUACCCCAGAUCCAGCAUCAGCCCGUUCCCCAACAGCAACCACUCCAUGUUGCCCUAGCCAACUACACUGACGAAUUCAUACCGACUGCGACAAAUGUUGGUGACGUCAUGAACAUGAUUCCGGGAAUGUACCCCUCUGGUGUUGGUCUAGGCCAGCGGUGGCCUUCGCUUCCGUACGACUUCAGCCCCAGUCCUGCCUCUCAUCCCCAAGUUACGCCUGUUCAACCAUAUGCUCCGACGCCAACGCCUGUGACACCGGUUACCACUUCCCACUUGGACUUUGUUACACCAAUCCAUUCUAGCAACCCAAGCCAGUACAACCCGCCGAACCAUCACAACAUACACCUCGACCAACCUCCUGUGACACUACCAAUACAUCCUCCACCGCCACCCGUGAGCAUCGAACGUGCGGCUCCUAUGGGUAUUGAGAGGGGCGGUCUCUUUCGACCUUCAAUGUACGAGCUGGAACCGGGCUACGGCUCCUCAUUGCAAGUGCAGCCGUUCCAGACGUCCAUCUUCCGCAAUUCACACUUCAAUACCGCGCACUUCAUGAACCCUGACUUUGAACCCGAGCAGUGGUGUCCGGACGGCGAAUACUCCGUGGGCAAUAAAGGUCGGCACAAGUCUCACUCAUCCUGA